AAAACAAAUUAAUUUGACAUUGACAGAUUGGAAUUAGAAAGCGAGUUUUGCUUUUGUGGUUUUUGUGGGAGAAUUGAGCGGCCCAAUAAUGAACGAACUAUGAAAAUUAUUUAAUUAAAUUGUAGUUCUAAUAUCUUGACAAUCUAUUAUUAAACAAAAGCUUAAAACUAUAAAAUUGUAUGUAACUAUACAAUCCAUCCCAUUAUGGAAUCUGCAGCAGGAACUGAUUCUCAAGAUUCUGACGAUCUUGUCCCGCCGGGUAUUUCAGCUUCAGAAUAUGACAAAUCCAAAAUUGCUCUACUAAAUGUGGGCACAACACCAACACCGAGUCCAAGUUCCAAAUUUACUUCUGCUAAAGGUAUUCAGAAUGCUAAGAAAAGACUCCGGGCAUUCUCAAUACAGAAGAAAACUCCAAUCACAGCAAUGGCUAUACCAAAACCUGUGACCACUGGCAGUGCUACCGUGCUGAUUGGUAAGCUAAGUAGUGUGAAGACCACACCUAAACCAGAGAAGGAGGCAGAUGGUGAAAAGAAACCGCCCAAGCCACCUAAGCCAGGUUCCGCCAGGAGAGUGCAAGACUCGUACAGUAACCUACAGAAGCGAAACAUCGCCGAAAUUGAAGAUAUGAAGCGCAAGAUGGAGUUGGUUGAAUUAGGCAUACCGUUGGGUCUGAUCUGUCCCAGCGCCACCAGCGAGAAAGCUAUGCCCACUAAGGCCAUGCCUCCAAUCAAAUCAUUUUUAGAUCCCUCGAAAGUGGAUGAAUUAAUACGCGAGGCGAAGAAAGCAAGAGCUGCAGGUAGAGAGUUCAAAUUCGACUAUCAGAAACUUUUGCCCGAUUACGAUAACCCCUUCCAACGUAAAAAAGACGAGCCCAUAGAGACCGAAAAGAAAGAAGAGUAUCCCAGCACUUCAAGAGUAGAACGAAGAGAUGACAAUGAAAAAACAGACAGAUGGAAGAGUGAUAAAUAUGACAUGAGAACAUUUAUGUACGAUAAGGCUGAAAGAAGGGAGAGCAAAGAUAAGUAUAGAGAAGAUAAAGAAAAAUAUAGGGACGAAAGAGAAAAAUAUAGGGACAAUAAAGAAAAAUAUAGAGAAGAUAAAGAAAAAUACAAAGCUAAAGAUAAGGAAGAACCAAAGAGGCCAGAAAGUAGAAAAGGCCGCAAAGAAACUGACGUCAAUCUGAGCGAGUAUUUUGUCUGCGACAGUUGGUCUUUAGAUAACGAAGAUAAAAGUAAUUCCAGUCCUAGGAUCAACAAGGAAAAUAGACUUUUAGUCCGAGAUAAACCUAAAGAACCUGCGGAUAUGUUAAAAGAAAACUUCAAAAGGAAGGUUAGCACGUCAUCGGAUAGUCCAGUUGGUAAGCAAAAGAUGGAGAAACUGAAGCCAGUGAUUGAUGCAUAUAAAUUCGAUUUAGACCCUAACGAAGAAGAAGAUGCAUUGGAUUUGUACGACAUAGAUUGCCAAACAGAAAAAUAUUCUAAAACGCCGGUGACGAAACAGAUUCUCUACGAUUCGCCGACAGACUUGAAGCUUUUCGAAUACGACCAAGACAUGUCGAAAGAAAGCGUGAUCGACGCUAACGACGACAACUUCUUAGAGUCGGUCAUCAAUGAGAUAAAACAGGAGAACAUGAGCGAUGACACGAGUCAAGAUAACAGGACUGGCUUAGUAGAAUAUGACUCUCCUAAAGAGGACGAUGAUGAAUUCAAGAUUGAAAUGAGUCAAGGUUCUGUGACUCCCGAGUUGGAUGACAGAAUGAGAGACUUGCAAUCCAGUCAACAGAGCCACUACUCUGACGGGUACAGGUCCACCGAGAGUGGUUACAAAUCCACAGAAAGUGGAUAUAAAUCGGAACGUGAUUAUAAAUCCGAAGAUAGCAGGAGGUCUGAUGACUUCAGAUUGUCUAUGGAGAAGGAGAUUAAUAGCUCGCUCGAACGCAAAAUGUCCAGAAGCACCGUGGACUCUUUGGAAACCUGGAGCUUUGUCUUAAAGAUAUGCCAGCCACUCCUGUUUAGACAUGAUAAGAAUAAAUGUUACAAGGAGACUCACACAAACCCAAAACUGUGGUACACCAUUAGCCCGAAGGCGUGCAAUUGUGUGAAAGAUCGUUCCGUGGUGUACGAAGAGUUGGAGAUGUGCAAGAUGUCAUUGGUGGAUCGAGUUUACGGCUGUGAUCAGAUCCCAGACGCUUUAAGCCCGCCUAAUCGUUCGUGGUACCCACGCGUGGGCUGCGUGCCCCACACCGGCCCCGUACAACUAUCCUCCGACUGGGAGACUGACGAACCGCGCCGCUCUACCACCCCCCAGCAAGACUCCUGUCUGCAUCGCGAGUACCAGAGGUUUAUAGAAUCUGUAUGGACAGAAGUGGCUGAUGCUAAACCGGAGACAUCUCGAAGCACGACCCCCGACAAGAUGGCUAGGCAGGAGAGCAGAAAAAAGAAGAAGACAGAAGAUGCAGAAAAGGACGCAGAAGAUAAGAAAAAGACGAAGAAAAUUAAGCUCAGCAGCGAAGGUUGGAGCCAAGAGUCGGAUAUUGAGGACGACCCUGAAAAAGCCAUUAGCAAGAAAAUUAAAACGGAGAAAGAGAAGAUAAGGAAACGGAAACACUCUCCCUCUCUAUCGGAUUCGUCGAGCGAAGGAGACUCCAAGAAAAAGAAGAAAAUCAAGAAGAAGCAGGUAAUAAAGAAAACUAAAACGAAACUGGCCAAAAAGCGUCGCAUCAGCAAGAAGGUAAAAAAGAGGCUGAAAGAAAAGCAGAAGAAGAAGAAGAUGCCUAAAAUAGAAAAGAUAUCCGACGAUUCCGAAAAGGAUGAUAGAGAAAAGAAGAAACAUAGCAAAUUAAAGAAGAAAGCUCAAGCGAAAACAAAAAAAGCGCAGAAAAAGAAGAAAGUGAAACCCAAAUCCUCAAGCAGUUCAUCUUCCAGCAGCUCAUCUUCUAGCAGCAGUUCCGAUUCCGAGUCUGAAGUGGAGAAGAAGAAGAUCAAGAAGAAAGCUUUGCUAUUGAAAAAGAAGAAGAAAGAGAAAAAGAGGAAGCGAAAGGAGUCGAGCGAAUCGACGCAGAGUGAAGAAGACUUAUUUGACGUUAAUGUAUUGAAUAAUAUUAAGACUGAGCGAUUGACGGACGAUGAAAAGCAUCAACAGAUGAAUGACUUUUCUCCUAGAAGGCAGAAACCGAAAGAGAGAGAAAUUAUCAAUGUGAAAGAGCUGCAAAAUGAUUUCGUUGGUAACAAUAUUCAUAUAAAGCAAGAGAAGGAUGACACUAUCAAAGUUAGUCCUGUAAGUGAAGAAGUAGUUGAGAAAUUUGAAGCGAACGAUGAAGGCAAGGAUGAAGAGGAAGCUUCAGUGUACAUUAAACCUCAGGAGGCAGAAAAUAAGGAAGAGAUCCCAGCAGCUGUGCCCGAACCAAUAUUUCCAGAAACACUUAUGCCAGAGGAAAAAAAUAUACCUUUACCAGACGAUUCAAAAAUUGCUGUAGAAAUCAGUAACUCGAGUACUGACAGUGAAACCUUACUGGAACCGACAAGUAUACAUCUUCCGCCAGAUUCGAAUAUACCUUUGCCCGCUGAAAUUAAAGUGACCAAUAUACCAGAACCACUUCCACAAAUAAUAGACGAAACCCCGGAACCUGUACCACAGAUAAUAGAAGAAAAUUCAUACACAGAUAAGACUAUCGCCAAAGAACCGGAGAAAAUUGUAGAGGAAAGCCCGCAAAAUAUCAGUUAUUGUAACACAGAUGUCAGUGCAAGCCAAAUUGAACUCUAUGACAAGGGCUUAGAGCCGGAUAGCGAUGACAAGUUUGCUGAUAACUACGAACACGAGAACUAUGAGAUGUACGAGCAAAUGGCGAUGGCGUAUCAGAACGAUGUCGCCAAUCAGGUAUCAUCGAUCGACAGCGGCGGUGAGGCGCAGCGUAUAGAGACCGUAGUGCGCAGACGACGCGGCGAGAUCAAAUGUGACUGGCGCGCCGGAGAUAAGCCUGCCACCUCUACUGAACUGCCGCGCGUCUCCAGAUGGGGUUUGAAGCCCGGCGAGGUGAACAUAGUAUUGACUGGGGGGCCGGGAUCCGAACCCACUACCCUUACUACCACACCCGCUACCACCGAGCAGUAUCCCAUAAGGAGUGUAUUGGAGCCCGUAUACAAGAUAGAGAGUCUGGCUAACAGGCAUGAUGUUAGUAACACCUCCAUCGGAUACGACGAAGCGUACCAGGUGACCUACGGGGCUUCAGACCGUCUACAAUACGGGGAUUGUUUCGCCGAACAACCCCCCUCGUCUGUUGCCGCACCUACCCCUAAUUCUACGCCUUCUAAGUCUACUGAUACAGUGGCCAACCCUGUCCGCUCUGUCACCUCUUCCUCCUUAGACGAGAGAAUAGAUCGAGCUCUCAGGGAGACCGUACUCGGUGACGUGACAAAGGAAACUGACGACUUAGAAGCUGACAAAGAUGCCCCGGAGAAAGGGAUCCUAUUGACGAAAUCCUUAGCGGAAAUAGCUCGCGGUGCGAAACGCGUCAGCUUCGCUGACGGUUACAAGCCCGGACAGGACUCCGACGUGGAGGAACCUCCUAUUACUAGGAAGAAGAAGUCCCGUCGAUACGGCUGCGCGUGGCCCUGUCCCGCGACCCAUCCCGAUCACGUCCCUCUUUGGGACGCUUUACCUCCUCCCCCACCCCCUCCCUUACCUUCUACACUACCUACCCUACCCGGCACAAUACCCAAUCUAUCCGGUACAAUAUCCAAUAUACCUGGCUCGCUACCCAAUCUACCCACUUCACUAGCUAAUAUACCGGGUACACUACCCAAUAUGCCUAGCUCACUAUCUAAUCAACUACCCGGCACAUUACCUAAUCUCCCUGGAACACUACCUAAUCUCCCUGGAACACUGCCUAAUCUUCCCACUUCACUAGCUAAUAUGCCCGGCGCACUACCUAACCUACCCACUCCCAUAGCUAAUAUGGCCGGUACACUACCUAAUCUACCCAAUUCAUUGUCCAAUCUGCCCGGGGCAUUAUCCAAUCUACCUGGAGCUCUACCUAAUCUAUCUGGCUCAUUACCGCCGCCUAUGCAGCUAAUGAGAGGUCCCCCUCAUGCUAUGCCACGCCGGCCCGGUAGUCUCGGAACGGAUCCGAGCAUGACGUUACCUCCGUUCAUGCCUCCGGAGCCACCGCCUGGUCUUAUCUCCUUCCAGUAGUAUUCCACUGCUCCUGCUCGACUAUUCAGCAUCGAAUAUCUUUUUACAAUUGCCUGACGAUAACUAUAUUUUCUCGAGUAUUAUAAAAUGAUACUGUUUAGUUAAGGAUAAGAUUUACUGUGUAAAUAAACUUUUUGAAAUUAUAACAGACUUUUCAAUGUAAACCUUCUUUAUGAUAUUUUUAGACCAAUUCCAUUGACAUUGAUUUCAAUGCAUUUUGCAAGUUUGCUUAUAGUUUAGUUCCAGACAUUAUCAUCGGCUAUUAAUUACCCCACUGCUGGGACAUAGGCGCUUCCAUAAGGUUAGUGUAGGGAGAUUAGGCUAUUACACACCAUGCGGAUCCAGAGCGGAUUAGUGGGUGAUAACGACUGCAUGUGCAACCAGGAUCAACGGCUUAAUGUGCCUUCUAAAGCACGCUCUAGCUAUAUAUAAUUUUUUUUAUCAUCAUCAUCAUCAUCUUUGCGAAAGUUUGAGGUUUAAUUGGUUCGGUCGGGUAUUGUGGAAUUUAUUAACUUUCGCCAUUCUAUUAUCCCUACUGGCAUAUCCUCAUUGGUAGGGAUAUAAAGAAUCAUAGGUACAUAUAUAAAUAAACCAUUUAAAACUUUUCCCAAGUGGUAACAAAAAGUUUCAUAUUUUAAUUUUAUAUCCUACUAGUAAACAGUAACAUGAAUGCGAAAGUUUGUUUUUUUGAUUAUAUACACGCCUAGAUAGCAUACUUGUUAACUCCACGGAAGCGCCUCAAAAAUAUCUACUACAUAUGGUAGAUACGCUAGACGUUACACACAAACCGAAUACAUUGACUGCUUUGAAACAACCUGACAUUGGAAGUCCACAUUGCCCGGAACAUGAGACGGUUUUUUGCGUGUAUAUAGUCAAAGCUUUGUUUAUAAGGUUAUGGUCGCCUAUAAACGCCGCGUACGCCGCGUCUCGUCUCGAUGCUUACAUAGAAAUGUAGUGGUGUGGUCUCUUCAUACGCUGACGUCGGUGUAUGGACGCCAUAGAGCAGCAGGACAGAUUUGCAUAAAGACAGAUAAUGUACUGUCGUCGUCAAAAAAGAUACAUAUUUUAUGAACCUUAUUAUCAAGUUGUGGCCUCUUUGCUUUAGAUAUCUAAAUGUCCACUUUUAAUUGUCAUAAAAUUGGAUUAACUUAAGUUGAAGAUGGUCACAAAAUAAUAACUUUGUGAACACCUCUAUUGCCACCAGUUCCGGAAUCUGCCAUCCGAAAGCCUAUAUUUGUUUAAGUGACAUGCGUCGGUCCCAAGAACCAGAAUUUAGCAAAUUUCAAAAGUAUUUUUAUAACCAUUGGAUCCUGAAAAUCAGAAAGGACCUUCUUAGCUGUUUUAUAGAAGAUUUUUAAACAAUGAAUGGUGGGCACCGUAGGACUAAUACAAAAAAACCUGCGAAAUCUUUCUGUUUAGUUUUACGUUUUAGAAGAAGCUCACUUUCAAGAUCUCAAGUUAAGCGACAAUAGCAAACCACAAAAAUGUUCUUAUCUUACUACACUUAUGGAUAAAAAAAUGAUAUAGUUAUCACGAGUUUAUUUAAUGACAAAAGGAGAUUGCUCAACUUCCAUACAUGUUUGGCCUAAAGACCAAUAAUCAUGAAAAAUUG